AUGCCCUCUCAAAUGGCACCAUGGGUGCCCACGUUCAUCCAAUCGUGUAAAAACAAUACUCAACAACCGUUUACUCCAUUCCAAUUUGCAACUAUCGAUGCAGUUAAUAACUUACCACGAGUAAGAACUGUUGUCUUUAGAGACUUUUUAUUUCACGAUAAGCAAACGAAUAUUUUGACCUUUAAUUCUGAUUUGAGAAGCCAUAAGCUUUGUGGUAAUACUGCUUCUACACCUUUUGAGAGUUGUUUCUAUUUUCCUCAGACAUGGGAACAAUAUAGGCUUACUGGACAAUGUUUUGUAAUAAGCAAUAAUAAAGAGAAAAAUCAUAUUCCAAAAUCAAUAGUUCGUAAAUAUGCAUUGUUUUCUUCUCAUAGAGAUUGCCAUAUGCAAGGACAAUCAGAAGUAGAAGAAAACGGAGAAGAACAAGAGGCGGAAGAAGAAUGUGAAGAAGGAGAGAAUUAUGGAAAUGAUGAAAGCUAUGAAGAUUAUGAAGAGGAAGAAGAAGAUGAUCUGCUAUGUGAAGAAGACUGGCAUGCCGAAGUUAAAAGACAAUGGGAGUCGUUAUCUAGAUCGUCUAAAUCAUUAUAUAGGAAACCUGCACCUGGAAGUCCACUAACUACUGAAACAAGUAAGAAAUUGGAUAAAUUGCAAAGAGGUGUUGAUGGGGCAAAAGAAGAUGAUGGUUUGGAAAAUUUCGGUAUAAUAUGUCUAUGUAUUGACUCCGUUGACUAUUUAAAUUUGAAAGAUGGUCGUGGAGGGGAAAGAUGGAUUUAUAAGAGAAUGUCAGAAGGGGACUGUUCUGAUACUGAAGCUUGGGAAGAAGAAGAAGUCUGUCCGUAA